CACGGUCCCAAGUAAGUGGGCCACCUUUCGCCAAUUCCGGCCCCUCUUCCCCUCUCCUUCCUCCCUGAUUCCUUCGUCAGAGAAACGAAGAGCGCAGAGAGGAGAAGAGAGAGAAGAGAAAGAAGACUCGGGGAAGACGCCAUCAGAGGGGGAGAGAUCGAGCGAGAGAUAGAGAGGAAGAAAAAGGAAAGAGAUCUCGUUAGGGUUUCGAUCGCUCCCUUGGAACCCCAGCAGUUUCUUGGCAUUCGGCCGCUCCCUGCGCUCUUCUUUCAGCGCGAAGGCUUCUCCUUUUGCCUCGCCAGGGAUCGAUGGGAUAAGGAGUUCGCCAAAUUGCAGGCGGGGUAAUUAGUGGAGAGAGGAUUUAUCAGGAAAGCUCUAGGUUUGCUUCGUUGUUCUCUCCGUUGGGCUUCUUUAGGAUUUGAUUAGGGUUGUUGGUGGGUUGAGAAAUGGGUUCUUCCCAGGGCUCGACGCUGACUUCGGCGGCCGACGUGGAUGUCUGCCUGGUGGAUUUCUUGCCGGUGUAUGUCAAGGAGCUGAUAGCUGGAGGAGCUGCGGGGGCGUUCUCAAAGACCGCCGUGGCACCAUUCGAGCGCGUUAAAAUUCUCUUGCAGACAAGAACUGAAGAGUUCAAAUCUCUUGGAAUUUUCCAAUCUCUGAGGAAGCUGAAGCAACAUGAUGGUGUUUUAGGAUUCUAUAAAGGCAAUGGUGCUAGUGUGCUUAGAAUUGUUCCUUAUGCAGCAUUACACUUCAUGACUUAUGAGCAGUAUCGAUGUUGGAUAUUGAAUAAUUAUCCCUCUUUGGGUACGGGAGCUCAUAUAGAUCUGUUAGCUGGCUCUGCUGCGGGUGGAACUGCUGUUUUGUGCACUUAUCCCUUGGACUUGGCUCGAACAAGACUUGCUUACCAGGUAACAAGCACGGAACAACUCAGUAAUCAUUUGAGAAGUUUUAAUGCUCGGCCUGCUUAUGGUGGAAUAAUAGAUGUUUUUAAGAAUGUUUAUAUGGAAGGCGGAAUACGAUCUCUAUAUCGUGGAGUAGGGCCAACACUUAUUGGCAUCCUUCCCUAUGCUGGUCUGAAAUUUUACAUUUAUGAAGAGCUCAAAACCCAUGUACCUGAUGAAUAUAAGAGAUCUGUCAUGCUGCGUCUCUCUUGUGGAGCUUUAGCUGGUCUAUUUGGUCAGACUCUUACAUACCCGUUGGAUGUGGUCCGGAGACAGAUGCAGGUCCAAAAUCAGCAAUCAGUGGAUCAACUUGGUGCUCCUCGCAUCAAGGGGACGCUGCAAGGGCUUUCUUCCAUUGUGCGCACUCAGGGAUGGAGGCAACUGUUUGCUGGUCUGAGCCUCAACUAUGUCAAGGUUGUUCCUUCAGUGGCCAUUGGUUUCACGGCAUACGACAUGAUGAAGACUCUGCUGCGAGUACCCCCACGGGAGAAGACUGCUGCUUCAGCUCCUCCUGCUGCAUGAUGAUGAUUCAAAUAUUCCAGAGUAGAGUUGUUGAUUUAUCAAUGGUAUGCAAGCAUCUUGGCUGCAGUGUAACACUAUCAUUUGACAUUGGAGAGAUUAAUGUACUUGUUCGAAGCAUUAUACAUUCGGUUUCGGGCAAUCUGCCAUUAUAUGGAAUUCCUGCGGCUCCUCAUUAAUCUGG